AAUGUGAACGUAUUGUAAACAAUGGCUGACUUCGACACCAUAUAUGAAGAAAGAGAAGACGAAGCCAACAGUAUUGAUAGUUACAGUAUUUAUGUUCCAGAUCCAAUAAUUAUCAGAGGAGCUGGAAAUGUAACAAUAUUUGGAUUAAGCAAUAAGUUUGAAACAGAUUUCCCACCACGUCUUGCUGCAAAGGUUGCACCAGAAGAGUUCAAAGCGACUAUUACGAGAAUCAACAAUGUCCUGCGUAAAGCGCUGCCUGUAAAUGUGAAGUGGCUAUUUUGUGGCUGCAUAUGUUGUUGCUGUACUCUCGGCUGCUCACUUUGGCCAGUAGUAUGUCUCAGUAAACGGACACGACACUCUUUGGAAAAAGUUUUAGACUGGGAAAACAGUCAUUUAUAUCAGAAGCUUGGAUUGUCGUGGCGACUAAAUAAACAACGUUGCGAUUCAAGCAGCAUGAUGGAAUAUGUAUUAGUCUUAGAGUUCAUUCCAAAAGUGCCAAUAUUUCGACCAGAUUAAAACCAGGUAGAUCUGUGGAUUCUUGAACUAAACUACUAAGAUAUCUGUUUCAUUAGCAUUCCAAUCAAGCCAGACCUUUUUCUUUUUGUUCUUCUCAAUUAUUCAUUGUCCUACAUGGAGCACAGCAACGUUGAUCUCAUUUUGAUGUAUCACAUUUGUUUCUCUGAACACAGUGCUUUCAAACCUCGUUAUGUCAAACUUAAUGCAUGAAGUUAGGUUUAAGCUAGGUUGAUAAAACUAGAACUCCCUGAUUGUGUAAUGCAAGAUGUACUGUGCACAGAGGCCUUGAGCAAAGUAAUAUCCGUCUACCAUUGCAAAUGUUUCCAGAAAGCCAGGCUAUAUGGUAAAGAGUUCCACUCUUGCCACAACAUAAAACCCAAAAAUGUCAUUUAGAUGACUGGGCCCACCCAACUUCCGAUGCUCAACCAGGAUGCUGGGUGAAUAUAAGCAGUAUCAAUCUAACGAGGUUUGAUUGCACCUCAUGACAUGUGUGGGUAUGUAACAAAGACAACUUCACUGUAAUAUUUGACCUUGUAAUGAUACACACAUGCAUUUGUUACAAUAAUAUAAUUGUAAUCUUAUACGACUCAUGCAUUCUGUUUGUUUAAAAAGUUACUAUUCAAAGUAUGUUAAAAAAAAAUUUUUUUAAUUUUAAAUCUGUAUUGUUGAGGAUGUAUAAUUGACAUACAUUUGAGUUGUAAUGCCAUGGAAUUUGCAACAUUUCAAAAGUUUUGUUGUUCCUUUAUUUCACAAAAAAUUUUUUUAUUUUAGUUGCUGUUUUUUCCCCCAUUUAUUUUUACAUAAAUAUGUUUCUCAGUAUCUGUUAUAGAGCUCUUUACUAUUGUCUCUACUAUAUUAUCUGCUAAUUGUUUUUUUUAAACUCAUCAAUUAAAACUUAUUCUGCUAUUACUAUUCAAGUGUGAUUUUGUAUGCUUGGGUAAGAGACACUAGUCAGACACAAUACAAACUUUCUGUCCCUCUCUAUUGGAGGUUUGAUAAGUAGCUAAAGAAUGCUGGCUUAAUCUCUGCAUCAUAGGCAUAGGAGAAAGGUAGAAAAUUUACCAAAAAUGAACUCUCUUUUGAGACCAAAGUAAUGGAUGGGUUAAAUAAUUGUAUUCCUAACUUUUAAAAUAUGAGACUUGUUCAUGCCCAUUCAUUGACAUUUGACUUAAAUUGGUAGGUUUAGACCAUGAUUCCCAAAAUGGUCUAUAUAGACCCCCUGGGGUCUAUGAACACUUAAGGGGUCUACGAGCCAAAAAAGUUUGGGAACCACUGGUUUAGACAUUUCUUCAGAAAGAAGAUAUUUACAUCCUAGCCCAAACCUCCUGGAGGACAGCAGGGCAUCACAGUGGGAUGAUUAAAAAUAGAUUAAUGGACAAGUUUUUUCACAGUGUAUAGUGGCAUGCUAAAUAUCCUAACAGAUGUAAUCAAAGGUAGUUAGUAUGUGUGUCUGGACAAUAUAUACAUUCUAUAUUAUAGAAUCUAUGAUCACAGGGACUUAUUCAUUUUGUAUGGACUAUGUGAUGUUAGUCUUAAAAUAAUUGUAGAACAUGCACUGCAAUUCUUGGUGCAAGAUCUUUUUUUUUUUAAUUUUUCAUCUUUUAUGUUAGUUUUUCUGUGUUAUAUAAGUCUUGUACAUCUUGUACAUGUACCAACUACUUGAAAUCAAUGCAAUAUUUGAAGUUGUAUUAUAUUACGUCUAUUUAUGCUUACACAUUUCUGUACUGCUAGUACUACUAUACAAAUCUGGCUGUGUUGUUUUUGUGUUGUUAUGGUAAACAGGAAACAGUUAUCCUUUCAUCCUGUGUUGAAAUUGUUUCUCUUGUGUACAUACAGACAGAUUUAAAGGAGAAUUAAAUGGAAGAUGAAAGAACACAUUGUCAAUGCAUUGUUUUUGGUUCAUGCGCAAACAAUAAACCUCAACCUCAACUAUCUCUGAAGGCUACAGGAACAUUUAGACACUGUGUGUCCAGAGCUGGCCUGACAAGUUGCGGGGCCCAAUCUAAUGGUUGCUCGCGAGGACUUUCUUUUAAUUUUUUUUUUAAACAAUAACAACUAUUACUAUUAAUUAGAUCAUUUUAUGAACAUUUGUUAUACAAAAUGCAUAGGAAGCAAUUCAAAAGCAAUAGGUUCCAGUUGAUUAAUUAAUGUUAUGCCAAUAUCACGAUACACUGAAUAUGUUAACCUUUUAAAUCCUACAUCUUUCAAAGCCUGACUGAUUGUGAUAUGCUUAAUGUAAAUUGUGGGGCCCUUGCCAGGUGCUUGGAACAAUUGGCCUAAGACCUGCCCUGUUUGUGUCUAGGCAGGUGUUCAACCAAAUGAGAAUGAGCGUUGAGUUUAAUUGUUUGUUUUUUUUUUGGGGGGGGGGGGGUCUGUCCAUGGACCACAUGUUGAGAAUCAUUGAUGUACACUCUAAAAUGUUAACAUCACUGACCUUGUACACAAAAACUUUAUAUUAUUAAUGAUAUACACAGUAAACAAUGUAUCAUCAGCAAUUUUACACACACAUAUAUUACAGAUCAUGUACAUUAUACAACACAUUAUCACAGAUCAUUAUCACUAAUUGAUCUUAAACAUUGCACGAUGCUUCAUGCCAAUUAAACAAGAAAAACAUGAGCAAUCUGUCCUGUAUUAUCAAGCACUGUGCAUAUCUUAUACCAGUACUCAAAAGAUUUGUAAAAAAAAAAAUGCCUUUUCACUGUCACCUUUGUCUCACCAGUCGAAUUGUAUUCAUUGUAAUGUUGUUAUAUUAUUCUCUUGUUAAUGAACAUAUUGAAACUAUUGCAGGUAAAUUAUGUGUCAGUUCUUUGUAUUCAAUGAGAAUGAGGAUAAAGACAUGUAUCACACAUUAAUUGUAUCUUUGUCUUGAAUUACUUAGACUUAGAUCCUGUUUAAGUACUUAGACUUAGAUCCUGUCUUCAAGUACUUAGACUUAGAUCCUUGUCUUGAAGUACUUAGACUUAGAUCCUGUCUUCAAGUACUUAGACUUAGAUCCUUGUCUUGAAGUACACAAAAAGCUUUGUUGUUUCUUUAAUUUUUUUUUAUCACUUUAUUUAUUUUAUAUAAAAUUUGAAAAAAAAAAAAGAAAGAAAGAAACUUUAAAAAUACCUGGACUUUUAUUUUGUAUAAACUCAUUUGUUCAAACUUCUUUAUGAUGCAAUACAAAAUGCUGAUGCAUAUUUUAUAGAUUUGAAGCAUUGUUGUUUUUGUUUUUUAGGAAGGAGAGGUACAUCAAAAGAAUUGCAUCAUGUAUUUUAAAAGAAUAACAAAACACUUUCUAUCAGGUUACAGUAGUAAUGCACAAAUUUAGUUAUGCUAAUGUUGGUAAAUUCAUUUCAGCUUUGGAUUGUACCCGUGGUGUGCGUAUAAAUAAUGUAUAAAUGAUUUUUUAGCCUAAACCUCUUUAAAUGAAUGCAGGGAAUGGCGGGGAGAAUGAUUUUAAGUUUUAUUAUGACUGUCUUAAGCCAUGUAGCAAUAUGGUGUGUGCUACAGAAUGCUCUGGAUUCUUGUUUGGGGUCACACUGUAGGGAUUCCAAUGUUUGAACAUUAUACAUGAAAACACUAGAGUUACAAUGUAUCAAAAACUGUUUGUAUGCCAUGUAGCAAUAAGGUCUGUGUUACAGAAUGCUCUGGAUUCUAGUUUGGGUCACACUGUAGUGAUUCCAAUGUUUUUACAUUAUACAUGAGAAAAUUUAAAAUGGUAUGUUUCAUUGUUUGUGUGUAGAGGGCAUAGCAUUUACUUGAGUUACUGGAUGAACUACUGUCAAAUCCAGUUAAUCAGACCAACAGUUAAUUGGACUUGCCGCUUAUUCAAACUGAAUUCUUAAGUAUCGAAAUCAAUUUUACUAUACAAAUGAGUCUGGUUAAUCGGAUCAGCCUGUCAUUAGCACCAAAACAAUUCUACUCUUAUAUAUUUCAACCGGAUUCGGUUGUAAUUGUAAACACUUUAAUGUGUCAGAAGUUAAGUAUUUAUUCAAAGAGAAGCUUUUCUUACAUUGUCUUGCCUGAAUUAUCUGUUCUUUCACUUUAUUUUCCCUUGUAUACUCGCUAAGCAUGUUAUUAAUAUAAUUAGCGUUAGUGGUAUUAGGCAGGAUUAGGGUGAGAACAUGGGUAGGCAAUUUGUUUGUUUUUUGCUCACACCCACUCAUUGUUAACCAAUAAAGGGGGAACAUUAUCUAUCAUACUAAUAAAUAGCAAAGCUAGUUUUGAAUGAGAGAAAUAGAGACAGAAUGUUUUGUAAAUACUUAGGAACUGAUGUAUAGGAUAAAACACAAACUUGUUCUUGCAGAUAUUGUAUGCCUUCUCAGAGUCUCAUAAAAGGAACAGGUGAUUUUGUAUCUGUAGAGUUGUAUGUUACUAACAUUUUUCAUUACUGUUGUUAUUUUUUUUUUUUUUUUUUUUUAUAAACAUCCAUUUAUUUCAUUUACUUUUAUUUAUUUCCUUGACAAAUGUAAACAAUUUUAUAAGAAAAAAAAAGGUGUCUGUAUUUUCAGUUUUAGGUUACAUCCUUGCCACUGUCUUUUUUUUUUUAAUCUUUGCUGCCUCACUUUUUUCUUGUGUUGCCACUUUAGUAUGCUUAACGUUUCAUAUUUGCGUUUAGAGGCUGCUGUGUCCUAGUGAACCUUUUUUUUGUUCCAAUAUUCAUUAUCCAGAGCUACACAAAGUAAUCUUGUCAUUGUGAAUUGAUGCAUUUAGUUCUUUCUUAGACCACACAGACAUUAUAUUGUAGAAUGGCACUCCUUAAUAGUAAUUACAUACAAUGACUUAAUCAGAUCCACUUCCAAUACAUUUGUUCUAGAUCAUUUCCAUGCAGAUAAUGUUCACUACCUGUCUGUAUAGUAAAAAUGCCCAUUUCAUUUUAGUGCUUGCCCAGGUUAACGGAACACUGACAAACAAUUUAACAAAAUCGACCUGAACUCCUUGUCCUUUGAUAAAAAAUCAACCUUUUUAAAAUAAUUAUUAUUUUAUUAUCUACAGUAAAGUAGUUUCAUUUUUUUUUCUUACUGUGACAUGAAAGAUGAAAAACUUUGCUCACAUAUACUCAAUAGCAUCCACUGAAUGGUUUUAAUAAUCUCAUACAUGUUUUUUUUUUUUUUUGGUUCUAGAUUUGUUUUUCUUUGUGCUCUGUAUAACAAAAUAUGGUUUGCAAAAACAACACUAAAUGUUGUUGAUGAAUAUUUAAUUAAAUGACUUGUUUUAGUUUUUGUAUCAACAGAAGUUUUUUUUCCUAUUUCUCUACAUUAGUAAAAUAAAUUUAUGCUAAUUAGGAAUUUUGAAUUAUUUUUUAAUUAUUAAGCCAUCUGUAUUCCAGCUUUGUACAAUUUCAGCCAACCUAUUAGUGAUUGUUGAGUGCAUUUUUUUUUGUGUGGACUUUCUUUAGAUUUAAAAUACAUUUUUUAUGAUUUCAUCUUGAACUGAGCUUUUAGGGGAAUGACUCUUUUUUUGGCUUUAUUCUUGUGUUAAGAUGUUCCAGUUGUUUUGUGAGAAAAGAACAGACCCUUGAAUUUAAGUUUCUUUUGCAAUUGAUGCUUAUAUGAGCUUUUUUUAAAAUACAUUUUCGUUCUUCAUAUAAGCAAACUGACUUAAUGUUUAAGAUUGCAGUAAGAAAUUGUGGUCAUAUUAUGAAGUGAAGUAUCUUUGGAUUCUAGUGUCCUAUGGUUAAUGAGGGUAUGUGGUCAGCACAACGACCAACCGCCUUUACUUUUCCCCAACUAAUGUCAGGUACCAAUUAGAGCUGGGUGGACUCAGAGGCGCUCAAAGAUCCCGAAAUUAGAAAUCCCAGGAUUCAAACCCGGGACCCCCGGUUCAGAAGCUAAGUGCUGUACCGCUUAACCACUGCAUCUCCUUCUGAAGAAAAUGGGAUUUGUUUUUGAGCUUCUUUGACACAGGGACUUACAAUUCUGAGCUAAAAAAAUCUUCUGGAUUUGGACUUGGCCUUCUUGUUUUGUUGUAACAUUGGUCUGUUGCAAUGCAAAUAUACCUGUUAUUUAGAUCAAAUAGAUCAUUUCAUGGAGAAAAUAUGGAACAUGAUGGUAAAUUGCCAAAUCUUUUUAGACACAUAUUUAAUCCUCUAAAAUCAUUUUUUUUCCUUAUCAGAAAUAAAUUGAUGUUUUUUUUUUGUUCUUAUAUGUCAGGCAUUUAUGAUUCUUCUUACUGAUAAUAAUACGAAUCACUUAUUUUAAUGAUUUUCCCCCCUCUAUUUUCUGAAUCUUUUAAAGUUGCUUGGCUAAUAAUACAAGAUUGUUAUAUAGAUGAAAAUAAUUCUGGCACUUAAGUUUUUUUUUGUUUUUUUCAGUUGAUUCUUUUAGGUUUUGUUUCCUUUUGCUUAAUUUUUUUCUUUGUGUUUUUUUUCCUAUUUUUUAAUUCAUAGAUUGUUCUAUUUACUUGUAUUUGUUUAAGUCAACAAAUGUAUCACUUUUGAAAGAAAAAAAAUUCUAAACUAUUUACUACUAGACAUACGGGUAGAUAACUGGAUUUAUAAAUGCUCUCUCUCUAUAUUUGACUACUGUACAUGCAGAAGACUAUCCCAUGCUUUCUAUGUUCUAUUCUGUUUGUGAGGACAAAUCUGUUAUUUGUGUCCCACAGAGAAGUGUGUAAUGAUAGUUCACAGCAUCGUGUCUGUCGUGUAUAUUCAAAGUCAUUAAACAUUCAGGAUGUUGCAA